AUGUCGACUUUCCGUCGGGUGACGUCCAGUUCUGCGAACCUCCUUCUGCCCCUCAACACCAAGACCCCCACCAUCGCCAUGUCUUCACGCACGCCCACGAACCCCCUCUACUCCCAACCAUCAAACCUCCCGAACCGCAACCACAACCGCCACAAAGACCCCCAAGCUAACAUCCCCCCCAGCGACGCCCGCCCCCAGGACCCCCCAAUCCCAGGAAAAGAAUACUACCCAAACCAACCAAAAUCCCUCGCCGGCAUCGCCCUCCGCGCCUUCCUCCUCGGCACGACCUUCACCCUCGGCCUCCUCUCCCUGUCCCUCCUCCUCCUGACCACCUCGUCCCCGCUCUGGCGCCUCCCCUUCUUCCUCUCCGCCCUCUCCCUCUUCCACUUUCUCGAAUUCUACACAACGGCAGCCUACAACACCCCGCAAGCGACAGUCCACGCCUACCUCCUGACAGCAAACUGGCCCGCCUACGCAAUCGCCCACGCAACAGCCUUCCUAGAGUGCCUCCUCACGAACCUCAUCUUCCCCGACAGCGCCUGGGCGCCCUUCGGCCUCCGACCCUCCUUCCUGAUUGCGGGUCUGCUUCUGGUCGGGCUGGGCCAGGCGGUCCGCUCCGCGGCCAUGGUCACGGCGGGCCAGAGCUUCAACCACACCAUCCAGCACUACCGCGCAGAGUCCCAUACCCUCGUCACGGGCGGCGUGUACGCCUACUUUCGGCACCCUUCGUACUUUGGCUUCUUCUGGUGGGCUAUCGGCACGCAGCUCGUCAUGGGGAACGUGGUGUCGCUGGUGGCGUACGCCGUCGUGUUGUGGUACUUUUUUUCAAAGAGGAUACGACACGAGGAGGAGCUGUUGGUCAGGUUCUUUGGACAGGAUUAUGAGGACUAUCGCAAGCGUGUCGGGACCAUGAUUCCCUUUUGCGGGUAG